GUUACACAACUGCUUCAAAAACUAUGCGAACGAUUAACAUGCCCCCCAAACGUCGCCCGCCUCCCAAUCUGUACGGUCCGCUUGGCCCCAAUGGGGAGCUGCAGUUCCCCCCACUCAAGCCUUGGGCGGAGAGAGAAAGAGAGAGAUUGGAGGCUCUCCAGAAGGAGAAGAGUAAGCCUAAAGUCCAGAAAGGACUGGUGCUGCUCGAAGACCUUGUGUCUGGUGCGUAUGAGAGACGAAAGGCAGCAGAAGCAGAGGCGAAGAGAAAGAGAAUAGCGGAGAAGAAAAGACAGAAGAUAGAAGCGGAGAAGGCAGCGGAAGAAGCUUUGAAAAAGCACUUGGCUAAGUUGUCGUUUGAGUUGCCGCGCGACCCCGACCAGCAGAAGGCUGAAAUGAUCAAGAUAACAGAAGAGGAGCACUACAGGGUCCUGACCCCCAAGGAACUGGAGAGGAUACAAUAUUAUCUUACCACGUCUUUAUCAGAGCACCAGCUACCACAGUUUCCCGAACACCUGUACAAGCGCGCCAAGCUGCGGGUGGACAAACAGACGGCACACAUAAAGAGGAAGCUUCUUAUUCUCACUUACCAGGCCUGCGUGAGACAGAGCGAGGCGGAUAUUAAAGAGUUUUUUCUUCAGUCAAUGAAAAGAUGCCUGCUGAGCUACAUCCUGGAGGACCCCCGCGAGCGCGCGCGGCUUCAGAUAUCGCUGAUGCCGACGCUGUGGCCGGCUCUGGUGGUGCGAGCGCCCGUGCCCUGGCACAGCGGCGUGGUGCGCGCCAGGCAGGCCAUGUUCUACCGCUACUACGAGGGCAACCCCGUGCUGGUCGAGCUGAGGAGGAUGUGGCACGAGAGGUAUCAAAAUAUAUUCAUUUGCGACAUGAACAAGAUGCAAGAGGAGUGUCCGUUCCCGCAGUACCCUGGCGAGUUCACGGAGCGGCUGAACAAGCUGUGCGCGGACACCAGAGCUGAGCUGGUGGACAACUGGAUCGUGGACGUGGCCGACACGUUGAUCAAGAUGAGGAGCCACUGGUCCGUCUACGUCGCCAAGAAGAAGAAGGCAUCCAAGUUCCAAGUGGAGGAGUUUUUUAGUUGUAUUCACGGCUUGAUGUCGAAGCAAAUUCGUGAUCUCGUGGAGCGCAGCGUCUAUCACUUUGCCGAAUACUUUAUGUAUUAUUUCGAAGGCAACGAUUACGGUAUGGAGUACAAGGAUUAUACAUUCAUUAAGAAUCCGCUGCUGCGCAUCAGGGUCGUGGGACAGCCUGGCUCCAUCCAGCUCGCGUUCGACCCAUCCCUGGAUCAUAUGAAGGCUCUCAUAACGAAGUGGUUCCACACUAUAAUCAGUGUUAACACUCGGCUGCCAAGCGUCGAUGGCCUCAUGUAUCCAGGUGCUGCUCGGCCCAGACCGUACCUGAUGGCAGUGUACCCUGAGGAGCUGUACCUAGCGGAAGUGAUCAACAAGUGCGUUAAAGUAUUCAGCAUCAACAGGCCGGGACCCAGCCGCUACAUCAGCAUGUACCAAGACUACCACUAUCUUCUGAAUGGCUCCGCUCAUGAAGAUCUGCUGCGCUUCUUUGCCUUAGACCCGCCCCCCUACCUUAAGGAUUUUUCGGCGCGGAUUUAUAUGUACGAGGCCCUCCGAGAUGAGAUCGUGUUCCUUCGCCGCGACAUCCCCCUCAACAUGAUCCUGCUGGACUGCGGACCUAUCAACGACGUGAUCCGGGACAUCGUGAACGGCCUGCGACACUACAUCGUAGACCAUUUCAUCCUUCUCAACAGAAAGUGGAAUAGAUCCAUCUGCAACGUGUACGAAGAGAUGGCAUCGCGUGCAUCGGAGAGUCCCGAGACCACGGCGCAGCUGGUGGAGCUGCUGUCGUACAUCCAGGACUGCCGGGAUUGCGCCAUGUUCGAGCUGCGAGAGAAGAGUCGCACCACCGCCGAACACGUGCUGUUCCUCAUGGACCAUGCACAUCUCAACUUUGAAGAUAUCAACCUCAACACUAGAGUGUUUCUGUGGCCACUGGAUAUGGAGGAGACAAUAGACUUGACUCUGAAGACUCUGAACACUAAGAAGAUGAUGGCGGAAGAUAAGCUGCGCAGCAGAAAGGCGAUCUUCGAGGAGAAGCUGAAGAAGCACGAGAAGGAGCUGGAGACCUUCCGGCGAUAUGAUCCACCGCUCCUGAACCUUGAUCUGUUGAGAGAAGUUGUCGGCCGAAUCGAUGAGAUACACCAUAAUUUAGUUGAAGACAAACACGAAGCCGAUGAGAUAAUAAACGAAGAGACCCUUCUAGACCAAGAGGUGUCCGUUUACUUCAGUCUGCAGUCGAUGCUGGCUGGCGUCGACCCCUUCCAUAAGUUGUGGCACACCGCAUUCGACUUCUACGAUGGAUAUGAGAAAUGGUACCACGGUCCAUUCCUGGGCUUGGAUGCAGAAACGAUCACGGAGGACGUGGAGGCGUGGUGGAAGCUUCUGUACAAGCUGAGCAAGCAGCUUUUCGAGUUCCCGGGGGCGAAGCGGAUCGCAGACAUGGUGCGCAACAAGGUGGAGAAGUUCAAGGUGCUGCUGCCCGUGCUGAGUGCUAUCUGCAACAAGGGCAUGCGUGAUCGACACUGGGCUAAGAUUAGCGAUCUCGUGGGAACAGAGGUGGUGCACGACCCGGAAACGACGCUGGCAGACAUGGUGGAGCAAGGAGUCCAUGUCUUCUCCUCGCAGUUGGAGGAGAUCGAGCAGUACGCCUCCAAGGAGUACUCACUCGAGAAGGCACUCCUCAAGAUGAAGGACGAGUGGUCCGGUGUGAAGUUUGAAGUUGUGCCCUACAGGGACACCGGUACUGGUAUACUCACAGGGCUGGAUGACAUCCAACAACAGCUGGAUGACCACAUCCUCAAGUCGCAAACGAUGCGCGGCUCGCCAUACGUGAAGGCUUUCGAGGCUGACAUGGUCGCCUGGGAGGAGAAACUCAUCAGCAUGCAGGAUAUCUUGGACCAGUGGCUGCAGUGCCAAGCUACGUGGAUGUACCUGGAGCCAAUCUUCUCGUCUGAGGACAUCAUGCGUCAAAUGCCGACCGAAGCUCGCAACUUCCGGGACGUGGAUAAGGAGUGGAGGACCAUCAUGGCUGCCACGCAGAAGGAUCCCAUGGUGCUGCAAGCUACGGACUUCCCUGGUCUGCUGAGGAAACUGCGCUCCAACAACGCCUUGCUGGAUGACAUUCAGCGGGGCCUUAAUGAUUACUUGGAGAAGAAGAGGCUGUUCUUCCCAAGGUUCUUUUUCCUCUCCAACGACGAGCUACUAGAAAUUCUGUCAGAAACGAAGGAUCCCAUGCGCGUACAGCCGCACCUCAAGAAAUGCUUCGAGGGCAUCUACACGCUGGAGUUCAACGCUGCCCAGGAGAUCGUAGGCAUGAUGUCCGCCGAGGGAGAGGUGGUCAAACUGUCCUCCUCUAUUCAACCAGCUGAUGCAAAGGGUAUGGUGGAGCGCUGGCUACAACAGCUCGAGCACCAGAUGGUGGUGAGUCUGCAGGACGUGGCUGCCGAGGCGAUCACCGCGUACGCUCUCUCUGCCCGCGAGCAGUGGGUUCUUAGCUGGCCGGGACAGAUUGUGCAAGCUGGCUCAUGCGUUCACUACACCACCGAGGCAAUAGAAGCGAUAAAGGCAAACAGCCUCCCGGACAUGAUCGAGCUCAGCACGAAGCAGAUCACGGGGCUGGUGUACCUGGUGCAGGGUGAGCUGGACGCCGGCAGCCGCAUCACGGUGGAGGCGCUGAUCGUCAUUGACGUGCACGGUCGUUCUAUACUCGAGGAAAUGGUCGAGAAGAAAGUGCGCGAGAUCACAGACUUUAACUGGAUCAGUCAACUGCGGUACUACCUGCGUGGAGACAGGAUGCUGUGCUCCAUGAUAACCACCGACGUGGAGUACGGCUUCGAGUAUCUGGGUAACUCCGGGCGGCUGGUCGCCACACCGCUCACUGAUAGAUGCUUCAGGACUCUAAUGAGCGCCCUAAAGUUGAACCUGGGCGGAGCUCCCGAAGGUCCUGCCGGCACGGGUAAGACCGAGACCACGAAGGAUCUGGCAAAAGCCGUUGCCAAGAAGUGCGUGGUGUUCAACUGCUCGGACGGUCUCGAUUAUAAGGCGCUCGGAAAAUUCUUUAAGGGCUUGGCACAGUCCGGAGCAUGGGCAUGCUUUGAUGAGUUUAACCGGAUCGAGCUGGAAGUGUUGUCUGUGGUGGCGCAGCAAAUCCUCUCCAUCCAGCUGGCUAUCAUGCGCCGGGACAAGCGCUUUAUCUUUGAAGGGACGGAGAUAAGUCUAAACCCGACCUGUUCCGUCUUCAUCACAAUGAAUCCAGGGUACGCGGGGCGCACUGAGCUGCCGGACAACCUGAAGGUGUUGUUCCGCACCGUCGCCAUGAUGGUGCCCGACUACGCCAUGAUCGGAGAGAUCACGCUCUACUCGAACGGGUUCGUCAACGCCGGCCCGCUGGCUCGCAAAAUAGUGCAAGCGUAUAAGCUGUGUUCGGAGCAGCUAUCGUCACAGAACCACUACGACUACGGCAUGCGCGCGGUCAAGUCAGUGUUGCUCGCGUCAGGUGCCCUCAAGAAGAACUACCCCGAAAAGGACGAGUCGCAGCUGGUCCUGCGAGCCAUCAUCGACGUCAACAUGCCCAAGUUUCUAUCGCAGGAUGUCCCCCUGUUCAUGGGUAUAUACUCCGAUUUAUUCCCCGGAGUGGAUAUACCGCAGCCAGACCGAGCGGAGCUUCUUAAGUGUAUUCUGAAAGAGCUGGAAAAAAGGAACCUGCAGGCCACAGAGUGGUAUCUGGAGAAAAUUAUUCAGAUAUAUGAAAUGAUGUUGGUGCGCCACGGGUUUAUGAUAGUGGGUCCCCCGAUGGGCGGCAAGACGCAGGCCUACCAGACUCUGGCGGAAUCCUUGCGCGCGCUGCAGCUGAUGAAGCCCCCGCCCAGGCACAAGGAGUUCGGAGCCAUUUACCGCAUCCUCAACCCCAAGGCUAUCACCAUGGGACAGCUAUAUGGCUGCUUUGAUCCUGCUUCUCACGAGUGGUCGGACGGCGUGCUGGCGAUAGCUUUCCGGGAGUACGCCAUGUCCAUCACGCGCGAUCGCAAGUGGAUCCUGUUCGACGGGCCCGUGGACGCCGUGUGGAUCGAGAACAUGAACACCGUGCUGGACGACAACAAGAAGCUGUGCCUCAUGAGCGGCGAGAUCAUACAGAUGACAAAUAAGAUGAACCUAAUAUUCGAAGCUGCGGACCUUGAGUUUGCGUCGCCGGCCACUGUCUCGCGAUGUGGAAUGAUAUACAUGGAGCCUGAGCAAUUAGGUUGGCGCGCGUUCCUCACCUCGUACAACGUCCUGCUGACCAAGAAGCUGAUACCGGAGCAGUACGAGCUGAUCCAGGAGCUCAUAGAUUGGCUGGUGCCGGCCAUGUUCGAGUUUAUCCAGCUCAAGUGCCAUCACUUCGUGCAAGUCGGCGAGAUACAUCAGUUCUUUUCGUUCACUCGCUUGUUUACGUGCCUGCUGGAGGGGGAGACCCAGUUCAGCACCAUCUGGCUGCAGUGCACCUUCGUGUUCUCGCUGUUGUGGGGCAUCGCGCCCUCAAUCACAGGUGAUAGCCGGAAAGGUUUCGACACGUUCUUCCGCAAACUGCUAGAUGGCCAGAACACGGCAUACCCAAAACCGAAGUCUUUCAAGCUGACCAAGAAUCAACUCUUCCAAGACAAGGACACUGUGUUCGAUUUCGUGUACGACAAGAGGAACAACGGAACUUGGAUACCCUGGGCCGAGCUGGAGAAAGAAGCCCCGUUACCUGCCAAUGCUAAGGUGAACGAUCUUAUAAUCCUAACGAAUGAGAACGCGUGCCUGCGAUUCUUCGUGUCCCGAAUGGUCAAGUCUAAGAUCCCGAUUCUCCUGGUGGGCCCCACCGGAACGGGCAAGUCUUCGCUGGUGCUCAACUUCCUGCUGUCGCUGCCUAAGGAGAAGUACAUCACCAACACUAUCAACUUCUCCGCCAGGACUACUGCGAAUCAGACUCAAGACAUAAUCAUGUCGAAGGUGGACAGACGCAGGAAGGGCGUGUUCGGACCUUCGAUGGGCAAAAAGUGCGUACUGUUCGUGGAUGACCUGAGCAUGCCACAGAAGGAGCAGUACGGAGCGCAGCCCCCACUCGAGCUGCUGCGGCAGUGGAUCGACCACGGUCACUGGUACGACCUCAAGGAGAUGGUGCGCCAGGAGCUAGUCGACGUGCUGUUCGUAUCUGCCAUGCUGCCUCCGGGAGGCGGCUCGAAUCUGAUCUCGUCUCGGCUGACCCGGCAUACCAUCCUCAUCGCCCUGGACUCGUUCGAAGACAACACCCUCAACAAGAUAUUCUGCACCAUUAUGGAAUGGCACUUCCUCAAAGGCUUCUCCGAAAGUCUUUCCAGGCAGAAUAAGGGCAUAGUGGGUGCAACAAUGGAGGUGUACAAAGCGGUGACGAAGCAAUUCCUGCCGACGCCCAGCAAGUGUCACUACUUGUUCAACUUGCGGGACUUCGCGAGAGUCAUCAAAGGGGUGUUGCUGGUGCCCGCUACGCACAUGAAGGAGCUCAACAAGCUGGUGCUGCUGUGGAUCCACGAGACCUACCGCGUGUUCUACGACAGGCUGGUGGACGAUGCUGACAGAAAAAAACUAUUCGAUGUGGUGUAUAAGUCUGUGUACGGAAACUUCCGUGUGCAUAUGGACCAGGUCCUGACAGAGAUGGGCUACGUCCCUGACGGAGAGAAGUGCAGCAACAAGCACGCUGCCAACAUAUUCUUCGGAAACUAUAUGGAACCCGAUGCUGAUCCGAAAAUAUACGACCAGGUGAUGGACCUGGAGGAUAUGGCGGUCAAGAUGGAGUACUACCUGGACGAGUACAACGUUGUGUCGUCGUCGCCGAUGGCGCUGGUCAUGUUCCGAUACGCGCUCGACCACAUCUCUCGCUGCACGAGGGUGUUGCUGCAGGAUAACGGUAACCUACUGCUCGUGGGUGUGGGUGGCAGCGGACGAAGCAGCGCCGUCAAGCUAGCCGCCAGUAUACUCGAAAUGAAUGUUAUUCAGAUUGAAAUCUCACGAGUAUAUGGUCAGAAUGAAUGGCGCGACGACAUCCGCAAGUUGCUGAUGAAGGCGGGCAUCAUCGGCAAACCUCUCGUGUUUCUCUUUGCUGACAAUCAGAUCAUGUACGAAGGUAUGGUAGAAGAUAUAAAUAUGUUACUGAACACAGGCGACAUUCCCAAUUUGUACGGAAUGGAUGAGAAAGUAGAAAUUUUAGAAAAAAUGCAGAACGCUGUUAGAGAGUCUGGCAGGAAAAUGGAGACCACACCACUAGCAAUGUUCGGCUUCUAUGUAGAGCGAGUGAAGGCCAACUUACGCAUCGUGCUGGCUAUGUCUCCCAUCGGAGACUCCUUCCGGAACCGUCUUAGGAUGUUUCCGUCCCUUAUCAAUUGCUGCACUAUUGACUGGUUUACGUCUUGGCCGAGUGAGGCUCUCGAACGCGUGGCAUCCAUGUUUAUUGCGAAGAUGGAGAACGUAGAUGAGCAGCUACAGCUGUCCUGCGUGCAGAUGUGUCAGCUGUUCCACAUGAGCGUGGUGGAGCUCAGCGACAGGUUCUACGCGGAGCAGAAACGGAAAGUCUACGUGACUCCUACAAGCUACUUGGAGCUGAUAAAGGCUUUCCAGAAUUUGUUUGCGUUAAAAGUGGACCAGAUUACUAAAGCUCGUACACGGUACGAGAUAGGUUUGGAACAAUUAGAGUUUGCAGCUGGCCAGGUAGCGGUGAUGCAGCAAAACCUCAGAGAUUUGCAGCCACUCCUCGUUGAGACCUCGGACAAGACAGAGAAGCUCAUGAUCAAGAUCGAACAGGACACCGUUGUGGUGGAGAAACAAAAGGAGAUAGUGGGCGCGGAUGAGGCGCUGGCCAACGAGGCGGCUGCGGCGGCUCAGGCCAUCAAGGACGACUGCGAGUCGGACCUGGCGGAGGCCGUGCCCGCGCUGCAGGCCGCGCUGGAUGCCCUCAACACCCUCAAGCCGGCUGACAUUACGCUGGUCAAGUCCAUGAAGAACCCGCCCGCUGGGGUCAAGCUGGUCAUGGAGGCGGUGUGCGUCAUGAAGGGCGUUAAGGGAGACAGGAAGAUGGAUCCUAGUGGUAAGCCUGUGGAGGAUUACUGGGGGCCGUCGCAGAAGAUGUUGGGCGAUAUGAAGUUCUUGGAGAGUCUGAAGAACUACGACAAAGACAACAUUCCCCCCGCUACGAUGAAGAAGAUCAGGGACAAAUACAUCCCGGACCGUGAGUUCGACCCCGCGGUGAUCGCCAAGGUGUCAUCGGCUUGCGAGGGUCUGUGCAAGUGGGUGCGGGCCAUGGACGUCUACGAUAGAGUCAUUAAGGUGGUGGCACCAAAGAAGGCGGCGUUAGCGGAGGCCGAGGCGGAGCUCCAGGCGCAGAUGAACACGUUGAACGCGAAGCGCGCGCAGCUGCAGGCCGUCCUCGACAAACUGCAGGCUUUGAACGAUGAAUUCGCCGAGAUGACUCGCAAGAAGAAAGGCUUGGAGGAUGAGAUAGAUCUGUGCUCCACGAAGCUGUGCCGCGCCGAGCAGCUGAUCGGCGGGCUCGGCGGCGAGAAGACAAGGUGGACGGAGCUGGCGCACCAGCUGAAUGCAUUGCUGGACAUGAUUAUCGGCGACGUGUUGCUAGCCGCGGGCUUCAUCGCCUACCUCGGUCCCUACACCGUCAACUAUCGCAGGGAAAUCGCGCUCAUGUGGAACAAGCGGACUCUUGAACUGAACAUCCCGUGCUCGGAGUCGUUCACACUGAUCGCGACCCUGGGUGAGGCUGUGGUGAUCCGCGCGUGGAACAUCGCCGGACUGCCCGUGGACGCCUUCUCCAUCGAGAACGGCAUUAUUGUGGAGCGUUCCCGCCGCUGGCCGCUCAUGAUUGAUCCUCAAGAGCAAGCGAACAAGUGGGUCAAGAACAUGGAGCGGGAGAACCAGCUGAAGGUCAUAAAGCUGACCGAUUCCAACUACGUGCGGAUCAUGGAGAACGCCAUCCAGCUGGGCUUGCCUGUCAUCCUGGAGAACAUCCGCGAGCAUCUUGACGCCGUCCUCGAGCCGGUGCUGCUCAGAAAUAUCUUCAGGUCGGGAGGGAUAGACUGCCUGAAGUUGGGGGACAACAUCCUGGAGUACAACCACAACUUCCGGUUCUACAUCACCACGCGGAUCAGUAACCCGCACUAUCUUCCAGAGAUCGCCGUCAAGGUGACGUUGCUGAACUUCAUGAUAACGCCUCAAGGCCUUCAAGACCAGCUCCUGGGCAUAGUGGUCGCGCAGGACCGGCCGGAGCUCGAGCUGAAGAAGAACCAACUCAUCGUUGAGGGAGCCAACAAUAAACGGACCCUCAAGGAAAUUGAGGAUAAGAUUCUUGAGGUUCUGUCAUCGGCUGGUAAUAUCCUGGAAGACGAAUCGGCGAAUCAGAUCUUGUCGUCGUCCAAAGUCCUAUCGAUAGAAAUCCAGGCCAAGCAGGACGCGGCCGCCAUCACGGAGAAGGAGAUAGACGAGGCGCGGCUGCUGUACGUACCGGUGUCCAAACACAGCUCUGUGCUGUUCUUCUGUAUCUCAGACCUGGCCAACAUCGACCCCAUGUACCAGUACUCGCUGAAUUGGUUUAUCAACUUGUACAACCAAGCGAUCAUAAACUCACCGAAGGCGGACGAUCUGGACGAGCGUCUGGCCGGCUUGAACGCGUACUUCACCAAGAGCAUCUACGAGAACGUGUGCAGGAGCCUCUUUGAAAAAGACAAGCUCAUCUUCUCCCUAGUACUCACACUCGGAAUACUGAGAUCAAAGGGUCAAAUAGAUGACGACCUGGUUGCCUUUCUGCUGACGGGAGGUGUUGCUCUGGAGAACCCUUUCGAGAACCCCGCGCCUACUUGGCUCACGGAGAAGGGCUGGUCGGAAAUCGUACGUUCCAGCAAUUUAAAUGGACUACGCGGCUUUAAGGAAAACUUCGAGAAGGACGUUCAAAGCUGGAAGGAUUUUUAUGACCUUUCUGCACCCCAUGAGAGCUCCUUCCCAUCUCCAUAUGAGAACAUUCGAGGGAUACCCAAGCUUAUUAUGUUGAGAUGUAUUCGACCGGAUAAACUCAUCCCCCUCGUACAACAAUACGUAGUGGAAGAGAUGGGUCGGACCUAUAUUGAGCCUCCCCCCUUCGACCUGGAGAAGUCGUACAACGACAGUAAUUGCUGCUCGCCGCUCAUCUUCAUCCUGUCGCCAGGAUCUGACCCCAUGUCAGGGCUUGUCAAGUUCUCAAUGGAAAAGAAGGUCGUCAGCUUUGAGACUAUAUCUCUGGGACAAGGGCAGGGCCCGAUUGCGGCAAGUAUGAUCAACGUUGCGAUCCAGUCGGGAGGCUGGGUGGUGCUGCAGAACUGCCAUGUAAUGGACUCGUGGAUGGGCGAGUUGGAGAGGAUCUGCGCGGAAGUGAUCGUGCCGCACGCCACGCACCACGAGUUCCGCUGCUGGCUGACAUCGUACCCCAGCAAGGCGUUCCCCGUUACGGUGCUGCAAAAUGGAGUAAAAAUGACCAACGAGGCCCCGAAAGGACUGAAGAACAACAUAUACCGCUCGUACAUAUCAGACCCGAUCUGCGACCCCGAGUUCUACAUUUCGUGCCCCCGCACGGAGGAGUGGAGACGCCUGCUGUUUGCGCUGUGCUUCUUCCACGCGAUAGUGCAGGAGAGACGCGCCUUCGGACCGCUCGGCUGGAACAUCCAGUACGAGUUCAACGAGAGCGACCUCAGGAUCUGCAUUAUGCAGCUGCAGAUGUUCCUAACGGAGUACACAGAGACGCCCUUCGAAGCCUUAAACUAUCUGGCGGGAGAAUGUAACUACGGCGGCCGCGUGACAGAUGACAAGGAUCGAAGGCUCAUCAUAUCGCUUCUUUCUAUCUUCUACAACGAGGAUGUCACCGGUGAUCCGAACUACUCGUUCUCUCCGAGCGGGGACUACCUGAUGCCGCCCAGCAUGGACUACAACUCCGUGCUGGAGCACAUCAAGGCGCUACCGCUCAUCGCCAGGCCUGAGGUGUUCGGCUUACAUGAAAACGCCGACAUCACUAAGGACAAUAAAGAAACUGCCGGUCUGCUGUUCGGGUGCCUGUUGACCCAGACGAGCAUCACGUCGGGGGGCGGAGGCGCCGACGGGGCCGAAGGUGGCGGCGUGGUGGAGCUGACACGCGACAUGGAGGCGAGGCUGCCGGCGCCCUACGACGUGUACGAGGUGUCGCUCAAGUACCCCGUGCAGUACUACAACAGCAUGAACACGGUGCUCAAACAGGAGUUGAUCCGCUACAACCGGCUGUUGAGCGUGGUGGCUCGCACGCUGCACGGUGUGUACCUGGCGGCGCAGGGCCUGGCCAUCAUGAGCGCCGAGCUGGAGGAGUGCAACAACGCCUUCGUGAAGGGCAUCGUGCCCGCCGCCUGGAUGUCCAAGUCCUACCCCUCCAUGAAGCCGCUCGGCUCGUAUGUCGCCGACUUUUUGUCCAGGUUAAAGUUUCUACAAGACUGGAUAGACGAGGGUCCGCCUGUCGUGUUCUGGCUGUCAGGGUUCUACUUCACGCAGUCGUUCCUCACCGGCGUGCUCCAGAAUUACUCGCGACACAACAGGAUUCCCAUCGACCAGGUGCACUUUGAGUUCACCAUCACCAGCCUGGAGUCCGAAUGUGAGGAGGAGCCAUCUUUUGGAGUCUACUGUAAGGGUCUGUUCCUAGAAGGUGCAAGAUGGAAUAGAGAGACAAUGCAGCUUGAUGAAUCUUACCCCAAGAUUUUAUUUGACACCAUCCCAAUAAUCUGGUUCCAACCAGCUCUUAUAGUCAACUUCAACCCACCACCAUGCUAUUUUUGUCCCAUCUAUAAAACAAGUGAAAGGAGGGGAGUACUAGCUACUACGGGUCAUUCAAGUAAUUUUGUGAUGUACAUCACUCUUUUGUCAGAUAUACCGCAGAAGCAUUGGAUAAACAGGGGAGUAGCAAGCCUCACUCAGCUUGAUGAUUAAGAGCAUUUUAUAGUAUUAUAUUCACUGGUAAUUUUAACAGGGCUCUUGUAUUGUUGUAUGAUAGGCAAACUAAUACCACUGAUUUAUGGAUGAAGAUUUGCUGCAGAAUUUUAAGAUUUUUAUGUUACUUAGAUAAUAUGAUCCUUUAUUUUAACCAAAUAUAAUAAUAAUGUACUGUGAUAAUUAUCUAGUCUAAUAAAAAAAUUAUGAGUCA